UGCGGGUGCCCGAGAUUGAAAUGAGGGGGUAUGCCCCCUCGGAUCCAAAUUUUGCCUUCAUUUCUUUUUGUUGGUUUCAUAACUGCGUUCAUCUUUCAUCAUAGCCAUAAAUGUUUAUUUUCAAUCCCCUUCACCUCAAUUUGCCGGCUCCAUUUUGAUCUUUUUGUCUUUGUCUCUACCUUUUUUUCUUCGCGACUACUCUCUCCGUCGUUAUUGUGUUUCAAAGUAGAGUUCGGGAUGAUGGUCUUGGCCAGACCACCUUUUCGUUUAGCAGUUCAGGCCAUCUCUGUCUGCGUGGUGUUCAUAUUAUUGUACACCCUCUUUAAUCCUUCUCGUGAUCCGGUAUGGAUGCAGUCGGCCAACAGCCCGUGGCGAAAUAGAGCCGAGUCCAUCGUCAACGAAACCAGAGAAUACAUCCAAUCGCCGAUCCAAUCUCCCUACGAACACAAGUUCCGCGACCUGGGCGAGCGCACCAAGGUCGCCAGAGCAUGGAUCGAGUUUUUCGACAAUGUGCCGCGUUCGGCAAACAAACUCCCGGUCCUCGAGGCCGUCGAGGCAGCCAUGGUAACCAUGUACCCCUUCCUCGCCAACUCGCCCAGAAACCCCGGGAGCAGGACUCCCUUUUCGGACCUGCGCGCCUCCAUCGUGCCUGGCUCCCGCGGUAUCGUGCUGCCCACAGGAAAGGGGACGUUGAGGUUCGCGAUGCACCUCAUCGCCAACCUGCGCGAAGUGCUCCGCAGCGACCUCGGCAUCCAGAUCGUCUAUUCCGGGGACGACGAUCUCCCGGCACAAGACCGAGAGCGCCUGGUGGCUCGGUUCGGGAAUAUAAAUUUCCUGGACGUGCUGGCUUUGGUGGACGACGCCAAGGCCGGCCUGAGCGACGGCGGGUGGGCCAUCAAGGCAUUCGCCGCACUGUACUCGCCGUUUGAGGAGGUCGUGCUUCUGGACGCGGACUGCGUCUUCGUCCAGAGGCCCGAGCUGCUCCUCGAGGACCCGGCGUACCGGUCGACGGGGGCGCUGCUGUUCCACGACCGCCUGCUGUGGCAGCACGCGUUCCGCGAGCGCCACGACUGGUACAAGGAUCAGAUCCGGAACCCCAGCGCGCAGCUGAACAGGUCGCUGGUGUGGACGCAAGAUUACGCCGAGGAGGGGGACUCUGGGGUUGUCGUGCUGGACAAGUCUCGCCUGGACGUGCUCAUGGGUCUGCUGCACAUCGCAUGGCAGAACACGCGAGAGGUGCGCGACGAGGUCACGUACCGGAUGACGUAUGGUGACAAGGAGUCGUGGUGGUUUGGCUUCGAGCUCAGUGGUGCUGGAUAUGCCUUUGAGACGCACUACGCCGCCAUGGUGGGCUGGGUCAAGGAUGUCUUGGAGGAGGAGGAGGAGGACAAGGUGCGGGUCUGCAGUUUUGUGAUAGGCCAUGUCGACCGCCAGGACGAGCUGUUUUGGUACAAUGGUGGACUCCUCAAGAACAAAAAGGUCGACCCCCACGAGUAUGGACAGCCGAUGCAUAUAAUGGUGGAUGGCGUCUGGGAAAAGGGAGCCGUCAGGAACGAAAUGAGCUGCAUGGUCGGCACUGGUAGUCGAGCUGUGACGCCCAUAACGAGGCAUGUUCUGGCGGACUCGGUCGCUCGGGCAAAAAAGAUAGAUGUAGAUUUCGGCUUUGUUUAGUAUGUCUUGGGUCGUAUUAAUAGAACUAACUGUAUUAUAACACCCCCGGCCCUGAGCAUGUUUUUUUUUCUCUUUAAAUGCACCGUGUACUUGCCUGGUAGUAUACUCCGCACUCGUAUAUUUUGAUUCC